UUGCUUGGACAAAAGAAGAUAUUUGAAUACUGUACUUUGGACCUGUUCUCUGGUAUUUUGUAGACCAAACGAUUAAAAGAUCAAUCGAGAAACUAAUCAGCAGAUUAAUAGACACUGACAAUAAUCAUAGUCAGUUUUUAAAGCAUAAAUGUUUCUGGUUCCAGCUUCUCAAAUGUUCGGAUUUACUGUUUUAUAUCAUUAAUAUCAUUGCAAAAAUUAAUAACUUUGGGUUUUGGACUGUCGGACAAAACAAAAUAUUUGAAAACAGCACCUCUCUGAUAUUUUAUAGACCAUUAUGCUCAUUUCUUGCAGACUUUAAUUAGUUAAAAAAGGUUUUUAUUACUGUUUUUAAUCUCUAGAUUUUUGAUGAAAAAUGAGACAAGUACGAGCAGAAAGAAAGAAAAAGCUCUCAAUCUUUUUUUUUGUUUUUUAUUGAAUAUAGGGUAAAUAAACAACAAUAAAAAAUUAAUAUCUUAUCAACAGUAAUAAUUAAAAUACUAAUCAAAUAAGUGAAAGAUACAAAGGGGUAUCACCAAACAACUCUUCAUAAACAAUAAUAAACACACUUUUUGUCUAUAUUUAAGUUAUAUUCUAUCAAAAAGAGAUUUAUAUUAGUUGAAGAUUAGUGGAAAAUUAAAUGAUUUACGAUAAACCACAAGGACUUAAUGUUGCUCUUAUUCUCUAAUUGUAAUCUAAUUCCUGUAUUUGUGUCCAAAACUAACUUGACGAGGGGAAAUCAUUAAUGGAGAGCCGACUCUGGCCUCAACGUUGGAGGAUGAUGUGCACUGAAAAGACAAUCAAUCUGGUGGGCUGCACCGCCGGCUCGCUGCAUCACAACAAAACGGCAACCAAUCGGGCUCCAGCCUCAUGCGUCUCCAUGGUAACAGAGCUGGAGGAGGUGGAGACAGCGAGGGGGGGAAAACAGAGCAGAACAGAACAGAGGUGGAUGGGGGAAGAAGAAGAAGAAGAAGAGGAAGAGAGAGAAUCGAUACCUCCUCUUAUUUCACAGAGAGGAUUUAAAAAAGCAAAGCUCCUUUCCGAUCAGGAGGUGGAGGGAGGCGAGGCGGCGGUGGAUUGGCUGACAGCACACGGCAGAGGAAGAAGGAGCGGAGUGCAGGGAUGGGGUGGAAGGAUGCCUGGGCUGCUGCUGCUGCUGCUGGUCUCUGUGGGACCAGGAUCUGCAAUGGCCCCUAAAGCCUCUGCUCAGUGGAUCAGUUGGGUAGCUUUCCUUCUGCGAGGUGUGAAUAACGAUGACUCCCAUCCUCGCCGUUUGAACAUGCUGCUCGGCUAGCGAAGCCGACCGAGAGGAGCGUCUACCCCUCUUACAAUCUGGACACACACACACACACCGAGUCGGCCCAAAUCAAGCACAACCAUGCUGAUCAAGGAGUAUCGCAUCCCCAUGCCGAUGAGCGUGGAGGAGUACCGCAUCGCUCAGCUCUACAUGAUCCAGAAAAAGAGCCGAGAGGAGAGCUGUGGCGAGGGCAGCGGCGUGGAGAUCCUGGAGAACAAGCCUUACGAGGACGGCCCCGGAGGCUCGGGUCAGUACACACACAAGGUCUACCACAUCGGCAAACACAUCCCGUCCUGGUUCUGUGCCAUCCUGCCUCAAGCUGCCCUCCGAGUGGAGGAGGAGUCCUGGAACGCCUACCCCUAUACACGAACCCGGUAUACCUGUCCCUUUGUAGAGAAAUUCUCAAUAGACAUCGAGACGUAUUAUAAACCAGAUACUGGAAACCAAGUGGACGUCUUCAAUAUGUCUUCUGCUGAGAAGAGACAGAGGACUGUAGACCCCAUAGACAUCGUGAAGGACUACAUCCCUCCUCACGAGUACCUGGUGGAAGAAGACCCCAAACUGUAUCAGUCAGUGAAAACCAAACGGGGUCCGCUGUCAGACGACUGGAUCGAGGAGAUCAACCAGGAUCCGGCUGAAAGCGCCGUCAUGUGCGCCUACAAGCUCUGCAAAGUGGAGUUCAGAUACUGGGGCAUGCAGUCCAAGAUCGAACGCUUCAUACACGACGUGGGUCUGCGUAAAGUGAUGGUUCGAGCCCACCGGCAGGCGUGGUGCUGGCAGGACGAGUGGUACGGCCUGACCAUCGAGGACAUCAGGACGCUGGAGCUGGAGACGCAGCUGGCUUUAGCCAAGAAGAUGGCCCAGUUCAGCCUCAGCGAAGAGGGGGGAACGGAGACCAACGGCUCCUCCGUCAGCCAGGACCAGGAGCAGGGAGCCGAGACCGCCGGAUCGGCUGCGGAGGCAGAAGGAGGCGGAGGAGGGAAGCUGGGAGAUUCUCUGGAGACACGAGGGGAGCUCACCAAGCAGUGGUCAACGUCCUCUAGAUCCUCCAACAGGUCGUCCAAGAGAGGCGGGAGUCCAUCUCACCAGAGCAUUUCAGAGUGGAGGAUGCAGAGCAUCGCCCGCGACUCAGAGGACAGCACAGACGACGAGUUCUUCGAUGCUCACGAGGACUUUUCUGACAACGAGGAGAUGUUUAACAAGGAGAUCACCAAGUGGAGCUCCAACGAUCUGAUGGACAAGAUAGAAACAACAGAGGUGGAUGAAGCACAAGAAACGUUGUAUCAGGAGUCGGGCGGGGAGUACGCCGCGAUGAGUAAUGAGGAGAGGCAGAUGGAGGAUUGUUCGUCCCAGCAGUGUCUCCAGCCCGCCAAAACUCACGUCCUCGUUCUGGUCCUGCACGGAGGCAACAUCCUGGACACUGGCUCUGGUGAACAGAGCAGCAAGCAGGCCGACGUGAACACGCUGAGUGGAGCUUUUAAGACGGUGAUGGGGGUCCAUUACCCGGCAGCGUUGGGCCGCAUCGCCAUCCGGAUGGUCCCGUGUCCCGCCGUGUGUGUCGACGCAUUCUCGCUAGUCUCCAACCUCAGCCCUUACAGCUACGACGAGGGCUGCCUGUCCAGCAGUCAGGAUCACAUCCCGCUGGCUGCUCUGCCUCUCUUGGCUACAGCUGCACCACAGUACCAAGACGCCGUAGCAGCCGUCAUCUUACGAGCCAAUCAGGUGUAUAGCGACUUCGUGAAGUCUCUGGAGGGGGCGUCUUUUAGUGGCCAGGUGUGUGUUAUUGGGGACUGUGUCGGAGGCAUCCUGGGGUUUGAUGCUCUGUGCAGCAGCUCGGUGACGGUGUCAGAGAGCCAAAACAGCAGCAGACGGGGCAGUGCCAUCAGUGUUCAGGACACAGACCUCCUCUCUCCAGGUAUCAUCAUAAACAGUGUCUCUCCGUCCCUCGAGGGAAGCCGCCAUCUCAGCCGCAGCAACAUCGACAUCCCUCGCUGCUCGGGGCCCGACGACCCCAAGAGACAACUUCCACGCAAGCGCAGCGACUCGUCCACGUACGAGCUGGACACCAUCAAACACCACCAGGCCUUCCUGUCCAGUCUUCACUCCAGCGUGCUCCACGGCGAGCCCGGGUCGCGGCGCUCCAGCAGCAGCACCAUGCUGGAAGGAGGCUCUCUGGGAAAGUUUGACUUCGAGGUGACGGACUUCUUCAUGUUCGGCUCUCCUCUGGGGCUGGUGCUCGCGCUGAGGAAGACCGUGGUGCCCUCGUUAGAUGUGGCGAAUCUGCGUCCGGCCUGUCAGCAGGUUUACAACCUGUUUCAUCCAGCCGACCCGUCGGCCUCCCGCCUCGAGCCUCUCCUGGACAAGCGGUUCUACCUGCUGCCUCCCUUCAGCGUCCCUCGCUACCAGCGCUUUCCUCUGGGCGACGGACACUCGGCUCUGUUGGACUCCCUAGUUGAGACGGUGCAGAGUAACCCUCAGCUUCUGAUGGACGCCGUUGGUGCCGUUUCCCACCGAUGUCUGGACAGCACCGUCAACGAGACCUCCAUCCCCGUACCCGUCCUCAACUGGCAGCUCCACACAGACACGGAUUCUCUUCACUCACAUAUCUUUGUGGACGGCCAGUUCCCAUCGUCCACGUCACCGGGGGUCCCUCACCUUCGCUACAACCGCCGGGCCAGCGAGGCCAGCAUCGCCAGCCAGGUGUCAGGCCUAGCCGACUCCUACACCGUCUCCAACAUCGCCACCACACUCAAACGUGAACCCAGCCAGGCUAAAAGGCCCGGCCUGCUGUCCCAGCUGGCUCUCCCCUACAAUAGGUUUUCCCCUCGCCGGCCGUCCUCGCGGUCACGAAAGACCCGCCAGGUGUUCCCAAAACCCAACGGCGUGGAGUCUGAGCAGAGCUCGGACGUUAGCUCUGACGUGAUCUCUGACGUGACCUCUGACGUGAGCUCUGACUUCACCGAUGUCACGUCUUACAUCACAGACAUCAGCUCGGCUCCCCCGUCACCCGGGGUGCUGAGGAACAUAGAGAAAGUUGCCUCUCGGUGGUGGGGCAGUAAGAGGAUGGACUACGCCCUGUACUGCCCCGACGCCCUGACGGCGUUUCCCACCGUGGCUCUGCCUCAUCUCUUCCACGCCUCCUACUGGGAGUCUACCGAUGUCGUCUCCUUCCUACUCAGACAGGUGAUGAGACAUGAGAACUCCAGUAUUUUGGAGCUGGAUGGUAAAGAAGUGUCUGAAUUCACUCCGUCCAAACCUCGAGAAAAGUGGCUCCGCAAGAGGACUCAUGUUAAAAUCAGGAACGUGACAGCCAACCACCGAGUGAACGACGCCGUAUUCACAGAGGACGGCGCCCAGAUGGUGAUGGGACGUUUCAUGUACGGCCCUCUGGACAUGGUCACCCUCACUGGAGAGAAGAUUGACAUCCACAUCAUGACCCAGCCUCCCUCUGGAGAGUGGGUGUACUUCAACACGGAGCUCACCAACAGCAGCGGACGCGUCUCUUAUGUCAUCCCUGAGAGCAAAAAGCUGGGCAUCGGGGUGUAUCCCGUCAAAAUGGUGGUCAGGGGCGACCAUACAGUUGCAGACAGCUAUCUCUCUAUCGUACCACGAGGAACCGAGUUCGUCGUGUUCAGUAUUGACGGGUCGUUUGCUGCCAGUGUGUCUAUAAUGGGCAGCGACCCAAAGGUUCGAGCUGGAGCUGUGGAUGUGGUGAGAUACUGGCAGGACUUGGGCUACUUGAUCGUGUACGUAACGGGUCGUCCUGACAUGCAGAAGCAGCGCGUGGUGGCCUGGCUCUCUCAGCAUAACUUCCCUCACGGCAUCGUCUCCUUCUGCGACGGGCUGGUUCACGACCCGCUCCGACACAAGGCCAACUUCCUCAAAUGCCUCAUCAACGAGGCCUACAUGAGGAUCUUCGCCGCCUACGGCUCCACCAAGGACAUCUCUGUGUACUCGUCUAUCGGCCUGCCUCCGUCACACAUCUACAUCGUGGGACGGCCCACCAAGAAGAUGCAGCACCAGUGUCAGUUCAUCCCGGACGGCUACGCCUCCCACCUGUCCCAGCUGGAGUACAACCAGAGGUCUCGCCCCGCCAAGUCCGCCAGCACCCGCAUGGUCCUCCGCAAGAGCAGCUUCGGUCUGGGUGCCACCGGAGGAGAGUUCCUCCGCAAGCGCAACCACAUCUUCCGCACCAUCUCUCAGCAGCCCGGAGCGCCGGGGUCGGCCUCCCCCAGCCAGCCGGGCCGGACCGAGCGAACCCAGAGCCAGUGCGAGGUGGAACGGGACCGAGUGGUCGGGGCGGCGACCCAGAGGAGCAUGAGCAUAGCAGCGGGGUGCUGGGGCCGCAGCGGGAGCACCAAGGAGGGCAGCGGAGGGUUACUCGGCCCGAAAUAAGGUUCAGGGUGGAGCUGUGGCGCUAAAGGACCCGGUCGGAGCCACCAUGAUCUCUGGAUGAAACGGAGGGUUUGUAUUUUAGAAGUUAAAGGGACAGCUGAGGGUUGAUGAUGGAAGGAUCUGUCCAGGAGGAGUGGACUAAUCAGGCCACGUGGGAUCCAGCGAACAAAAGACAAUUCUGUAGCAUGACUCUUUUACAGUAACACUUUUAUAGGAUACAUCAUUAACUAAUAAAAACAACAACAAGGAAGGAUUAAAUGAAA